AUGCGUAACUGUAAGGCCAAUACUGUCGCUAACAUACUAGACAGUGUGUUCUUGGAACAUGGGAGUCCCGCAGCACUACUCACUGACCAUGACCGUACUAUACUAUCUAGUAAAGCCGUUAAACUGGUAUUGGCACGACAUGGCACUAAACAUUAUGUACUGCCAGGUUAUUCCUAUCAUUUGGGAUUUUGGGAAAGAGCACAUAAGGAUUUUGUGGAGGUUACUCGCGCACUACAAGCAAGUCGGCCUAUAACCGGUCCUGACGCCCGUACUAGCAUAAUGGAGAAUGCCUACAUCGCCGACUACUUGGUAGCAGUACGUGCCUAUAACCACACCCCCAGGCUCUGGGCUAAUGUUACCCCAUUCGAGCUUCACUAUGGGUAUGCUGGACGACUCCCUGGACUACACCCAGAACUGGAUAACUCAAUUGACUGGGACACCCUCAACAUGCAAUAUUCCACCACAGAUAUUGUUGACUUCGUUCACCAAAAUGUCCCACUACUCACAGACGCCCGUGAGAAAAUGGAGACUACUCUGAGUGAAUAUCUGGAGCUCUGGCGUAUCAAACAGCAAGAUCAUCUACAACGUUAUGCGUCAGAGAACUCCAACAACUACGAACCGAAGUUAUUUGACUUGAUCUUCACCACUAAGAGAACUGAUGCUGCUAUCGGCAACCACCUACGGACCCAUUGGAGCGGUCCCUAUACGGUCGUCCAACUACAAGGCUCGUCCAUGGUCAAGGCCAUCCAAGGCAUAUUACUCGAAGGUAUUGGUGGUGUCGAAGCUGGCGAAGAUCGAACUAGUGCAAAAGUCCCACAAAUCUAUGGAGCAUCAGAGUCCUAUUCCCUGAAGAACGUGGUACAUGCUUGUGCACUACAAGCGGCUAUUACUAACUAUUACCAUUAA